CCUGCAAUAGCCGAGGAUCACCGCGGGUUUUGUAUGGAGGAAGCCAAAACAAGAAAUCACGGCCAUGGACCAAACGGUUUAUUAAGCUAGUCAAGCGCAGCGCAUCUCGAGCAUCGGUCCCUGAAACCGACUCGAAGCUAGCUCCCACCUUGGCCUAGGACUGAAUAUCGUCCUUUCUCCUUUCUUUCCAUCUCUUUCGCUCCCCGCCCCCACCGCCCUGUCGUUCUCCUGGUGAUCUCGGUCGGCAGGAAGCGGCUAACAGGGUCUGUGAUUGGGGAUCUCUACUAAGGCCGGUUCACUUCGCAUCUGUUCUUCUCAUCAGACACUCCUUUGCCUUCCCUCCCCCCUCUUUGAAUUCCGUCGUGUGCGUCUGAAAUCCUCGUGAUCAUUCUCCGUUCUUUCCAGGCUGCCCGUCUUCCACUCUCUCGCCUUUCCCUCCCCUGGUUCUUCCCUAUUCACCCAUCUCGCUGCCAGCAUGUCAGGCCCUCCGUCCCGCAUUCGGAACCUCCUUGGCCACUUCCUGUCCUCUUCGUCGCCUCCGGCCGAAAGCGAGUUCAAGCAUGACCACAACAUCCACCAGCUAUCGCCGACCUUCUUCCUAGAACGUGCCGCCGCCAUUGAGCCCGAUGCCGAGGCAAUCUACCACAUCACAGCCAACGGCAAGACCCUGCGGCGGUCCUACCGUGACUUCGCCGACCGUGCCCGCGGCCUAGCCUACUACCUGCUCAAGCACCGCCUCGUCCGCGUCGGUAUCCUGGCCACCAACACGCCCGCCUUCCUCGAGUCCAUCUUCGGCAUCGCCGCCGCCGGGGGCGUCAACGUCGCCGUCAAUUACCGCCUGAAACCCGACGACAUCACCUACAUCUUCGACUUCGCCGAGGUCGACUCCAUUGUGGUGGAUGCCGAGUUCGUCCACCUGCUCGACGAUUUCAAGAAGGCCCACCCAGACGUGCACCUCAUCGUGGACACCGAUACCGAUGCCACCGAGGGACAGCUCAGCGGGCCCUUCGACGAGGCCAUCCUGGAAGGUCUGCAGCAUGAUCGCGACCAGGGCGGCCGUGGUUGGGCCGGCCUUCAUUCCCAGUGCGCCGACGAGAACGGCAUCAUCGCCAUCCCUUUCACCUCUGGCACCACCUCCCGGCCCAAGGGUGUCGUCUACACGCACCGAGGAGCGUACCUGGCCGCUCUUGCUAACAUAGUAGAAUCCGGCCUCAAUUACCAUAGCGGCAGGUGCAAGUACCUCUGGACGCUUCCCAUGUUCCACGCCAUGGGCUGGACUUUCCCCUGGUCCAUCACUGCAGUUCGGGGGACCCACGUCUGUCUCAGGAAGAUCGACUACCCCGUCAUCUGGAAACUUCUCAAGGAGGAGGGCAUCACCCACUUCAAUGCCGCCCCGACGGUCAACACUCUCCUGUGCUCCUCUAAGGAGGCCGAGAGGCUAGACCAUCCCGUGAGGGUAACCGUGGCAGCCAGCCCACCGACCGCCCACCUCUUUGAGGAGAUGACCAAGCUGAACCUCCAUCCCGUCCACGUCUACGGCCUGACAGAAACCUACGGGCCCAUCACCAAGAGCUACCACAUGCCGUCAUGGGACACCCUCCCGGCAGCCGAGCGGUACGCCAAGAUGGCGCGCCAGGGCCACGGCUUCCUGACCAGCCUACCGAUCCGCAUCAUCAAGACGGACCAGCCCGAGGGCGUCCUCGUCGACGUGGCCAGGGACGGCAAGGAAAUCGGCGAGAUCGUCUUCUUCGGCAACAUCUGCGCCCAGGGCUACUACAAAGACCCCGAAGCCACCAGGAAGCUCUUCGCAGGCGGGGCGCUGCACUCGGGUGACCUGGCCGUGUGGCAUCCCGACGGCAGCAUCCAGAUCCUCGACCGGGCGAAGGAUAUUAUCAUUUCGGGCGGCGAAAACAUAUCCUCCGUCGCCCUGGAGAGCAUGCUAGUCAAGCACCCGGACCUGCUGGAAGCGGCCGUCGUCGCCGUGCCGGAUUCCCACUGGGGCGAGAGGCCCAAGGCCUACGUGACGGUGAAGGAGGGUCGCACCUUGACCCCCGAGGAACUCAUCUCCUGGGCCAAGCACCAGAGCACCAUCAGCAAGUUCAUGGUGCCCCGGGAGGUGGAGGUGUUGCCGGAAUUGCCCAAGACGAGCACGGGUAAGCUGAAGAAGACCGUCCUGCGCGAGUGGGCGAGGCAUGGCCGGAAGGCAUAACUUUGCUUGCUGGCGGCAUUCCGUCGAAGCGAGGGUUGUAUUUUGAGGUUCACGGGACUCGAAGCCCUGUAUGAUGUUGGUUUGGGGGGGUUGGAUUCGGUUUCUUGCCGACUAGUAUUUCGGUGCCUGGGCGAGCGAUCAAGAGCGCGGAUCUAAAUGCACAAUAUGUGUAAAAGGUAAGCAUACAUAUAUACAUACCUUGUAUAGAGAGAAGGAGGGGGGGGGGGGGAA